GUCCAGCCGGAGACUCGAGCGUCGCAAAUUUUCAGCAAAAUGACACCGGCAUACAAGGAUGAAGACUUGGAUAUCGACCCCGAGCAAAUAGUCCACAGACCCGUUAUAAAUGAAGUCAGCCGGUACAGUGCUGAGCCUUGGGUCGAUGAUGUCGCAAUCAUCCCCACAGGAGCUCUGGACCCCGUCUACGAGGCAAAGGCCACAAUCCUCAACCGAGCUAUCCGAGAUAUUGGAAUGGGAAGAUACCAAUGGGAACUAUUUGUCGUCAUCGGAUUCGGCUGGGCCAGCGACAAUCUCUGGCCCAUCGUGACCUCACUCAUCUUCACGCCCAUCGCCAACGAGUUCGCCCCCGCACACCCACCGCUUCUCACGCUGGCGCAAAACAUCGGUCUUCUCGGUGGAGCCAUGUUCUGGGGAUUUGGGUGCGAUAUUUUUGGCCGGAAACUCGCCUUCAACCUCACUCUCGGCCUCACGGCGGUCUGGGGCCUGGUCGCAGCGGGUUCCCCCAGUUUCGCCGCCAUUGGAGCAUUCGCCGCGCUCUGGUCGUUUGGCGUUGGCGGGAAUCUCCCCGUGGACUCGGCAAUCUUUCUUGAAUUCUUGCCCGCGUCGCAUCAGUACCUUCUUACUAUUCUCUCCAUCGACUGGGCCAUCGCCCAAGUCGUUGCAACACUGAUCGCUUGGCCGCUGUUGGGUAAUCUCACGUGUGAACAAGACGAACCUUGCACGCGGGGUAAGAACAUGGGCUGGCGAUAUUUCGUGGUUGCUGUUGGCGGCCUCACCCUCAUCAUGUUCAUUAUUCGCUUCUGUUUCUUUACCAUUCAUGAGUCGCCCAAGUAUCUCAUGAGCAAGGGUCGCGAUGCAGAGGCCGUUCAGGUCGUGCACAAGGUCGCCAAACGAAACGGUACCACCAGUGACUUGACCGUUGGCGAUUUGAAGGCUUGCGAGCCUGAGGGAUACGUUGCUCGGACCGAUGCCGCAGUGGCGUUGAAGAGACACCUUGAGAAACUCGCGCUCAGCAAUGUUCGCCCGCUGUUCUCUACAAGAUCCCUUGGUCUUAGUACAGGUCUGAUCAUGGCUGUGUGGGCUUUGAUCGGCCUGGGAUAUCCGCUUUACAACGCCUUCUUGCCAUAUAUCCAGGCUACCAGAGGGGUAGAUUUUGGGGAUGGCAGCACGUAUUUAACAUAUCGCAACAGCCUCAUCAUUGCGGUUCUUGGUGUUCCUGGAGCAUUUACGGGAGGGUACCUCGUCGAACUACCACAGCUCGGACGCAAAGGGACCUUGUCGCUGAGCACUAUCCUCACCGGUGUGUUUCUUUACUGUUCAACGACCGCCCAUAAUAGCGAGUUAUUGUUGGGAUGGAAUUGCGCCUUUAGCUUCUGCAGCAACAUCAUGUAUGCGGUCCUCUACGGAUUCACGCCAGAGUUAUUUCCCACUCCACAGCGAGGAACAGGGAAUGCACUAGCUGCGACGUGCAACCGCAUAUUUGGCAUUAUGGCGCCUCUCAUUGCAAUAUUCGCCAAUUUGGAGACUUCUGCUCCAGUAUACACGAGCAGAGCACUGUUUAUUACGGCGGGGAUUCUCGUCCUUCUGCUUCCUUUUGAGUCCAGAGGGAAGGCGGCGCUGUGA